AUCUGAGGUCGAGUUCAUCUUCUUUGUCCUUCCUUCCCAAGAACGCUCCUUGGAGUGUGACGGCCUUUAGCUUCAUUCAACCAUUGUCGUAUAGCAAAAACUCGAUGGGCAAGAUAUUGAAUUAAUCGUCGUCGUCGUGAUCUUCUCAAACUAAUCGGUGUCGAAGUCUCUGAAGAUUUUGUCAGGUCUUAUUAUCAAUGGAAUCCAUGGACAUUGAUCAAAGUAACCAAGGCGGCUCGCCUCGCCUUGUUCUGAAACCGGUAGAUCCGUUGGAUUCUGGUGAAGGUUUACCGUAUGCUCCUGAGAAUUGGCCUAAUCCUGGAGAUACUUGGCAUUGGAAGGUUGGACCGAGAGUAAGCGGUAAAGGCCACUUCAAGGAUAGAUACUUGUUUCCUCCUAAGCAUCUCCCCGGUUUAGAUACUGAAACAAUGCCGAGAAACAAGGUUUUUAGGAGCAGGCGCUCACUCGAACGAUACAUUCGUCACACCUUCCCUGGAGCUGAUGUUCCAAACUUCUUUGCUUCUUUCAGCUGGACAAUACCCUGCAAAGAUGGCAUUAUGCCUCAGAAGCAGGUUUCAUUGCCAGUCUAUAGCUCAGAUGAAGAUCCAAUGCUUGAGAUUGGAUGUGAUACUGCGGUUUGUAAGGCUGGUAAUGGAAAAUGUGGGAGCCUGAUGCCACAGAGUGAAGCCGAAGCUUUACCCACGAUGCCUUGUGAUAUUUGCUGCGGUGAACCUAAAUUCUGCUCUGACUGCUGUUGCAUCCUUUGCUGCAAGUUUAUAAGUUUGGAGCAUGGAGGUUAUAGCUAUAUCAAAUGCGAAGCUUUGGUUUCCGAGGGUCACAUAUGUGGACAUGUUGCUCAUGUGAAGUGUGCUCUUCGAGCUUACAUGGCUGGCACCGUUGGGGGCAGCAUCGGGUUGGAUGCUGAAUACUACUGCAGGCGAUGUGACGCCAAAAAGGACUUGGUUCCACAUGUCAACAAGUUCCUAGGUAUAUGUCAGACUCUAGAAUAUCAAGGCGACGUGGAGGAGAUCCUGAAUCUCGGUACUUGUAUCCUGCGAGGCUCACACAGAGACAAUGCUAAGGAAUUAUUAAAUUGUAUCGAAUCAACAGUCAUGAAGCUUAAAUGUGGCACGAGCUUGGAAGAUCUCUGGAAUGAUGAUGAUAGAUUAGCUAUAUGGUCAGAUAUUUGUGCCAAUGGAGAAGCCAAAAAAGACAAUGGUAGAUUGGAAAGAUUACAGGACGUGACUCCAAUUGGGCCGAUACCAUUCAAUCAUGAGGCGGAGAUGCACAAACUCGAGGAAGAAAUCAAUGAGGUUCUAAACGCGCUGAGAAAGGCUCAGGAAUCUGAGUACCAAAUUGCAGAAGGCAAACUUCAUGCUCAGAAAGAAUGUCUCGGUGAUCUGUAUAGGCAGCUUGAGAAGGAGAAGUCAGAGCUGUCGAGGCGAGUAUCAGGUGGAGAUGUGAAUAGCUUGAUGACGAUUGUGUUGAAGAGAUUGGAUCAGGUAAGAAAAGAAGCCACAAAGCUAAGAGAAAUGGAAGAAGUGGCCAAGGGAUUUGGUAGGACGCCUAGAGGAGUUCUUGAAGAGUACUUUCAUUUGAGCAUCGAGGACUAAGAUUUAAAGAAAAGGACAUCCAUCUAUAAUCACUCACAACUGUACAUUCGUUAUGACGACGUCUGUCUGCAAAGUUUUGAAUUUUUCCAACCAAUUUAUUCAUAAUUAGUCUGCGAGUUACAGCGAAUAGAGGGUUCAAUGGAAAAUCUUCAAUAAAGAUAUA